AUGGCAAGUCUCCGGAAAACCCACCCUCUACUAAAAAUUGCAAACAACGCACUAGUUGACCUACCCGCCCCCUCUAAUAUUUCAGUAUGAUGAAACUUUGGUUCCCUACUUGGCCUCUGUUUAAUCACCCAAAUCCUAACAGGCCUCUUUCUAGCAAUACACUACACCGCAGAUAUCGCAACAGCCUUUUCAUCAGUGGCCCACAUUUGCCGAGAUGUAAACUACGGCUGACUUAUUCGUAAUCUUCAUGCCAACGGUGCAUCCUUCUUCUUUAUUUGCAUUUAUAUGCAUAUCGGCCGAGGUUUGUAUUAUGGCUCUUAUCUCUACAAGGAGACAUGAAAUAUCGGAGUUGUUCUCCUCCUUUUAGUAAUAAUAACCGCUUUUGUUGGGUAUGUCUUACCCUGAGGACAAAUAUCUUUCUGAGGGGCAACUGUUAUUACCAACCUUCUAUCAGCAGUACCUUACAUCGGCAAUGACCUUGUACAAUGAAUCUGAGGUGGCUUCUCAGUAGAUAACGCUACUCUCACUCGAUUCUUUGCCUUCCACUUCUUAUUCCCAUUUGUCAUUGCAGGCGCCACCCUCAUCCACCUGCUCUUCCUACAUGAAACAGGCUCAAACAACCCCUUGGGUUUAAAUUCUGAUGCAGACAAAGUUUCAUUCCACCCUUACUUCUCUUAUAAAGAUCUCUUAGGAUUCGCAGUACUGCUUAUCGCCUUAACAGCCUUAGCUCUCUUCUCCCCCAACCUAUUAGGAGAUCCUGACAACUUUACCCCAGCCAACCCCCUUGUUACCCCGCCACAUAUCAAACCUGAGUGAUACUUCUUAUUUGCCUACGCCAUCCUACGCUCGAUUCCCAACAAACUUGGGGGAGUCCUAGCCCUGCUUGCUUCUAUCCUAGUCCUCAUAAUUGUCCCUAUCCUUCACACUUCAAAACAACGAGGUGUUACAUUCCGGCCACUUUCCCAAUUCCUUUUCUGAGCACUGAUCGCAGAUGUUUUUAUCCUCACCUGAAUUGGAGGAAUGCCCGUAGAACACCCCUUUGUCAUCAUUGGCCAAAUCGCAUCUUUCCUCUACUUCUCCCUUUUCCUCGUCCUCACCCCACUAGCAGGAUGGGUUGAAAACAAAGCCCUCGGAUGAUCCU